CACUAUAAACGUAUAAUUUUUUUUUUCAAUACCUCGAAAAAGCUCAAGUAUAAUAUAAUAUAAACAUAGAAACAACCUCGUUGCAAAUUCGAGCUCAUUUUCAGGUACUAAAUUCCAAAGUAUCUACAAAAAUCAUCGCUUGAUCGAUCAUCACUACCACACUUGUUUACAGAUGGGAGAACACCUAGUUUUACACGCCGAUCAGCUGGUGACAAAUAAAUCAUUGAAUUCAUCAGAAUCAGUGGAUGCUUCAUGCAGUCAUGCUACUGAUGUAUCGAUUGCUGUUAAUGACACAAAUGAAGAUGUGAAAUAUGAUUCAGAUGGUGAGAAGGAGCCACUUAUACAGUCGGUUGAAUGUCGCAUCUGUCAAGAGGAAGAUACUAUAAAAAACCUGGAGGUUCCUUGCGCUUGUAGUGGCAGCCUCAAGUUUGCUCAUAGAAAAUGUGUUCAAAGAUGGUGCGAUGAAAAAGGAGACACAAUUUGUGAAAUUUGUCACAAGGCUUAUGAACCUGGCUAUACUGCACCCCCUCGGUCUGAAGACACCAUCCUUGAUAUCAGUGCAAGUUGGACAGUUCACGGAACCCCAUUAGACCUAAACGAUCCUCGAUUGUUGGCAAUGGCGGCUGCUGAACAGAAUCUUUUAGAUACUGAAUAUGAUGAAUACGAAGAUACAAGUGUCAACGGAGCUGCAUUCUGUCGCUCAGCUGCUCUCAUAUUAAUGGCCCUGCUGCUGUUGAGGCAUGCUCUCACCAUUGGAGAUGGUGACGAUGAUGACGACGAUGGUGCGUCUGCAUUUUUUGCUCUUUUUAUGCUUCGGGCAGCUGGUUUUCUUCUUCCUUGCUACAUCAUGGCUUGGGCAAUCAGUAUCUUGCAGCGCAGAAGACAAGUGCAGGAAGCUGAAAGGCUUGCAGGACUGGCAGCAGCUGCUGAUGUGGCAUUCAUGAUGCAAGCAGGUCAACACAGAGGCUUACAGGUCACCAUUGCACCAGGACCAGCCAUGGCACCACCACCACCUGUUCUUGCCCCGCCUCCUGCAGUCGGCCUGACCCACCAGCCAUUUCAAUAGUGUAUGGCUUACUGAGGUUGAAGCUUUCAGUUAUGCACAGAUAUGACUUUGUUGUCCUGUUGUUUUUAGCAUACAUUCGCGGCAACCAUGAAAGUCAACCGAAUUGUGUUUGUAAACUGAUUUAACAGUCGAUUUGUGCAUAUAUGGGGAUUACAUAUGCUAAGCUUGUUUAAUUACUCCCUAGUUUUAUACU